AGCCAAUAUGAAUUAAUUGGGCUUUAUAAUUAUUCGUGCCAAUUGUUACGAGCUGGUUCAUAGAGAGACGGAAGAUGAUUGUAUGAGGGGAAAUAAUCGAAAGUGGAACUAUCGACAACCCUCUAGUUUUGCGGGGAGGAAAGAAUGACGAAAUGUGUUCGUCGAAUUUCCUCCGUGUUGCCGCAUGUGUUUAGCAGCAUACAAGAUGGAGUCCGUAAACAAAGCUGGGCAUCUUAUGAGUCUUGCAGCUUUACAACAAUAUGAUCCAUAUAUAAAUAAACUUCUCGACGUAACCGGGCAGGUAGCACUGUACACAUUCAACUCUAAAGCAAACGAAUGGGAAAAGACCGACAUUGAAGGCACCUUGUUCGUCUACGCCAGGUCGGCAUCUCCUCACCAUGGAUUCACGAUCAUGAAUCGUUUGAGCACAGAGAACCUGGUGGAACCCAUAAAUAAAGACCUGGAAUUCCAGCUACAGGACCCCUUCCUCCUCUACAGAAAUGCCAAUCUGGGAAUUUACAGUAUCUGGUUCUAUGAUCAGAGUGACUGCCAGCGCAUAGCCCAGCUGAUGGUGAGGAUAGUCAAAGAGGAAGCAUUGCGGGCGCAGCAGGGCUCUCCUGAUCGAGCCGUUGCCGCGCGCACCAAUGGCUGCGUGGGGACUCGUCCCAUCGACAUCCUGGAGCUCCUCAGCAAGGCCAAAGAGGAGUACCACAGGAGCCAGUCAGGGGAGUCUGAGCCACCUGGGGGUGCUGAUGUGGGGCAGAAGCAGGCAGGGCCCACAGAGCGCAGGGCCAGCUCAGCACCUCAGGAAAAGACCACCCACACAGUUGUGAAGCAGAUAACAGUGGAGGAGUUGUUCGGCAGCUCCCUACCCAAAGACCCGACGCCAGCCUGCCCCAACGCCGCCGACGCCUCCCAGCCUCCCGAGAGCUUCCUGCACGGGCGCGCCUACGGCCCGCCAGUCCCUCCCCUGGAGCCCCUGCUCACCCCUCGCCUCACCGCAGACCCCGGGGGGAGCGACCGGCCGCUCAUCCCGGGACUGGUCCCCCUCCUCCAGCCCGCCGGCUCCAGGGAGCCCCAGCAGACGUCCAUGUCCCCGCGGCUGGGGCCGCCGACCGGGCAAGAGCCGCUUAUUAACCUCGGCCCUCCUCCUGUCUCACACGCUCCGGCGGGACCACCGGCCCCGCCAGCCUACAUGACCCCCUCUAAACACGACGGCCACCCGCUCUCUCUGCCCCCCCUCGCCCCCAGCUUCCUCAUCAACUCUCUGGUCACCCCUCAGAGCUUCAGAGAGCCCGUCUCCAAACCCUCGACGGCCUUUGGCGGCGUGCCUGCAGUACCUGUUCAGCCAAACAAAGAAGUGGACGUGUUUGCUCAGUCUCAGAGUUUGGUGAAAAACAUUCCCCCGGUCACCAUGAAGGCAGGGCUAGGCGCACAGCCCUCCUUGCUCCUCUCACCAAGUGCAUUCCAGCAUUCCCCCAAGACGACGGAGUCGCCCAGAACCCAGGCGCCACCCCACUCUCCCCCAGCCAAUCGAGGAACCAGAGAGCACCAGGCCUCUGCGGGUCUCAGCAAACACCAGCUUCAGGACACUCUAGUCCACCUUAUCAAGAACGACCCCCAUUUUCUCAGUGCAAUCCAUGAGGCCUACAUACAGAGUCUCACCAAAGAGCUCAACAACAUGAAGCUAUAGCCACAAAGCCCUGGACUGAAACAAGAAGGGAAGAAGGGAAGGAGGGAGAGAGGGACACGUACCCUCUGUUGCUGAAGGGACAGCUUCUUCACCUAGCCCGGGCCGAGGCCUAGUCGCUGCUGGAUUGGGGGGGCCAGACGAGGGAGCUUAAGUGUGGCUGACUGGGCCUAACACUGAAUCUAGGUCAUUGACUGGUCACUCCCAAAUACACACACACACACACACACACACACACCUCACAACACAACACACAUUUCACAAAACAUCCUCCCCACGGGGACAUGGCCCGCGUCACAAGUACAGGGACUGGCGUUGCCUAGGCAACGCCAGUGAUGGUCCCUCCGACGAGGGCAUGCCAGUUUAGUCACUAAACUCAUCGCGUGAGCAAAGCAUCAACACCUACUUGCAGUUUGAAGUGUAUCCUGCAAAGAGCAGCUUUUUUGUGUUGCAGUACUGCAUUCCCCCUACUUUCUCUCCUCCUUCCUUUCUUUCUCUUUCUCUCUCUCUCUGGUUUUGUUAGUCUCUUUCGUCCCCUCACUCCACAGCUCUUCCUUUUUCUCCUUCUUUGCAUCAGAUUCCUUCUGGCCAUCCUUAUAUUAACUUUCUUUUUUGCACUCCGCUGCCAGCGUUUCCCCGUGUGUUUGAGGGAACUUGUGCAAUUUAAAGCAAUGCGUUGUGGGAUAUUUGUAGUGCCUGUACAAAAGGCUAGUAUGUUUUUUUUUUGUGUUUGUGUGUGUGGUUUUUUUUCCCAAGGUGAAGAUUUAGGGUAUGAGUGAUUGUUUUAGUCCCCUGGCCAUGGAGUUUGCAGUAGUGAAUACUGCAUCUCACAACUAACCAUGAUCAGUGCGCUAGACCAGCAGAACUAAGGAGGAUUGUUUACAAAUGCCUGAAUUGAUUUCAAAGCAGUUUUUAAUUCAUUUAAAAGGGCAUGUGGUACCUUUGGCAAGUGAAUGACAUUGUGUACCAUCUCCGAUAUGAGUUCAUCCUUUUUAAUUGGUAACUUGUUUAAACCUUUUUCUUCAGCAUAUUAAAUCUGCCAGAGAUGUGAAUGCACAGCUUCCAGAAGGUAGACGUGUGAUCAUGAGUUUGAGCCUUUUGGGUUGCCAGAUUCUACAAAGGAAGGUCACUGAAAGCACUGGCCACUGCAGUUAUGGAGGGGACUCAGUCAAGCACUCGAUAUGCCAAAACUACACUGAAACGGAAGCGCUGUUAAUGAUUAAUCUGCCUUAUGUUCAUCUCAUUGAUAUUUUUUCUAUAUAAAUAUAAUGAGUUUUUGAUCAUCCAGUGGAAAACCUUGCAUCAUCCUUUUGAUUUAAGUAAAGAAAAAGCCCUGUUAGUGUGCAAUACAGCAUUUGGCCAUUUCAUGCCGAAUAUAACCAUCCUCUUCUAUCCAGCUGUCAAGCUUACACAGAGACAGAACAGAAAGACAGAAAAAGAGGACAAAGAAGCAGUUUUGACCAUUAAAGUGGUUGUACACUGGUAUGUAUACAUGUGUUUGUGCCAUAUGUAAACCUUUUGUAAUAUGCCAUAGUGACCAAAUUGGUUCAAGAAUGGAAGGUCAAACCUGUAGAAUUGACAGCCCCUUUAAAUACAUUGGUUAGGUGAGUCAAGUAGUCCCCACCUCCCUUGAAGCAAUGCUUACUGCUCUGAACAGAUCCUAAGUUCAAUGGCCAAUGACUCAAUGGCCAAUGUGGCUUUUGUGCUUCUAAAUGAUUUAUCUCGAAUGUGAGCAGCGUUAUUUCAGAUGGCUGUCUGUCUGUAAGUGCUGAACAGCUAAUGUGUUUGAUGUGCCAUGCAACAGAUGAUUGUAUUUGGUUUGCAUAUAUCCACUAUAUACCAUGACUGCCCUGAAAAGCACAGUAGACCUAGGCUACAAAUACAUAUUCAACAGUGGAAUGAUCUAUAUGUUUCUUCCUCUUCAACAAAACUUGAAUGUCAUUCAAACUUAAAUACUGUAAAAUGGCUUUAUGUGUUUACGAAUAUGUUUACUCCAGUGAAGUGCGUUUAGAGGGCCACAUUAUUUUGCAUAUUUAAGUGGAAGACAUGUCAACCUGGAGGCAGCCAUAUCACUCCUCUUGUUUGGCAAUAGCAAUUUCUGUCUCUGAAGACCCUAACAAAACUAUUCCAAUAACAUCAA